CACAAGUGUUUGAAAUAUCGUGUUACCCUACGAAAUAUGGAUUAGUUAAGUUCAUUGCCGUUUCAAGAUUUACUAGUUACUUCCAAAAUGUGUCCUCUAAAUUUUGGCAAAGUUAGUUUUUCUAGAAAAUCAUUCUUGUCGUUGUGUCUAAUGUUCGCAUGCACCAUCGAAAAAACAGUAUGGAAAUUUGAGCUGUGUAAAACUUCGAAAAAUUGAAGGUAAGCACUACUAUGACUUUUGCAUGUUCUUUCUGGGACUUAGUCCCAGAGCUCCGUUGAGGUCUGGGGGCGUUAUACGUCUGCGCGCCUGUCCGCGAAGCAAGGACCACCAUCAAGUGUGCCUCGGCGACGGUCCUUUCAGGCGUAAGCGAGUCCGAAAAUAGUACGCCGCUUCGAAGACGCCCUGCUGAUUUGCCAAAACUCUUCGAUCAUGGUGCUACCUUUGCUUGGUCUCGGGGGGCUGGGUUACCUUCAAUGGAAGAGCUCGAAAGAUUUGGAUGCGCUGUCUGAUACGAGAUCAGCUAGUCCAUUCACCUUCUGGGCAGGGCUCUCACUCGGUGGACUCAUAGGAGUGUGGGUACUAUUCUCUUAGAGGAUUCAAACUCCAGAGUUUUUUUCAACUUGCUUCAAUUACUUCUACUAGGACGAGAACCAUAACAACUUUGUAACAUGAUAAGGUCGAGUGUCGCUGUCCUGUCUCACAUGGUUCAACCGUCGUUUCUCAUCAGGUCGGAACAAAUUACGGAGGCGCAAUAAUACGCGGAUAUAAUGCGUGUGAGGCUUUUGUGACCUGGCUAAAUCCCUUCGGUUUUUCGAAGGACGAUAGCAACCGAAAUAAUCCUGAUGCGCGAAAAAAAUGAAUCCAAUCUCGAUGAUGUCGCGCGGACAACCUGAUCUCAUUCUGAAACUUAAAUAUGAUCGUGAAUUCCAAUGAAAAUCCAUCCUAGACGCCGGCUAAUUGCAGGACUACAAUCGCAAUUCCGGGAUUUGUUGUCCUUGGAGAACAGUGCGCGAGUCACG